AUGCAGAACUUUUCACGUAUCCGAUUGACGCCCAUCGUCGCGCAAGCACGGCUGUGCGCGCGUCCUAUCCUGCGACCACUUCUUCCCUCCAACGCCUUCACCCGCCUCUCAACGACCGCUGCAAUCUCUCGAAGACUUGAUCUGCCUGCGCUAGACAAGAAAUGGCAGGAGAAAUGGAAGUCAGAUGCGGAAUCCCCGCGCCCGGUAGUGCAAAGCACCGAACCGAAGCCCAAGUCCUAUGUCUUAUCGAUGUUCCCAUACCCCUCCGGCACACUGCACAUGGGCCAUCUGCGAGUAUAUACGAUUUCCGAUGUACUGUCACGAUUCUACAAGAUGCGCGGUCAUGACGUGCUGCACCCAAUGGGGUGGGAUGCCUUCGGUCUGCCAGCGGAAAACGCAGCGAUAGAGCGAGGCGUGGACCCGGCGGAGUGGACGGAGCAGAAUAUUGCGAAGAUGAAAGAGCAGCUGCGAAGUAUCUCUGCUUCAUUCGACUGGGAUAUGGAACUAGCUACUUGUGCGCCGGAGUUCUAUGAGCACACCCAGCGCAUCUUCUUGAUGUUGUAUGAGAAGGGGUUGGCGUAUCAAGCAGAGGCGCUUGUCAAUUACGAUCCUGUUGAUAAGACUGUAUUGGCGAAUGAGCAGGUCGAUGCCAAUGGCUUCUCAUGGCGGUCGGGAGCCAAAGUGGAAAAGCUGAAUUUGAAACAGUGGUUCUUCCGGAUCACCGAUUUCAAGGAAGCGCUACUGAAGGAUCUGGACUCGCUUGCUGGCGGCUGGCCCGACCGUGUUUUGUCUAUGCAGCGGAAUUGGAUUGGAAAAUCCGUUGGCGCGAAGGUUACUUUCCCCGUGACUAUCGAGGGACAGGACGGCGAAGUCAACGUGGAUGUGUUUACGACACGUCCGGAUACUUUGUACGGCGUUGAAUACCUUGCGCUUUCGCUGGAUCACCCCAUCGUGCUAAAGGCUGCAGAGAAGGACAGCGCACUUCGAACGUUCCUGGACGAGGCUUCAUCGCUCCCGGCCGACUCAAAAGCGGGCUACCGCCUUGAUGGUGUCACGGCAUCUCAUCCGUUGCGAAAAAUCGACAAUGAAAGUGCUCAUGUCCAGAGAGAGCUCCCCAUAUUUGUCGCGCCUUACGUCUUGAGUGAUUAUGGCGAGGGAGCAGUCAUGGGUGUUCCUGGUCACGACGCUAGAGAUAUCUCGUUCUUCAAGGAGAACGUGAAUCCCGAGUCCAUCACCCUCGUCAUUGGUGAAAGUGACACAUCCAAAACUCUUGUCCCUGCUCAGGAUGCAAAAGCUUUCACUCAGGACGGUGUCCUUACUUCGCAUUGUUGGAAGUACCAAGGGCUGCACUCCAAAGAGGCGGCAACGCAGAUUGUCAACGAUCUCAAGCAAGUAGGACAAGCCGAUUUCAAAGAGACGUGGCGACUGCGCGACUGGUUGAUCAGCCGACAGCGAUACUGGGGUGCACCUAUUCCCAUCAUCCACUGUGGUGAUUGUGGCCCUGUCCCUGUGCCUGCGAAGGACCUUCCCGUCAAACUGCCAAAGAUCGAGGGAGAGUGGCUAAAGGGUAAGAAGGGAAACCCUCUUGAAUCAUCCAAAGAGUGGCUUCACACCAAUUGCCCAAGCUGCGGAGGCCCAGCGCGCCGCGAUACAGAUACCAUGGAUACCUUCGUUGAUUCAUCCUGGUAUUAUCUGCGUUUCUUAGAUACUAAGAACAAGGAUGCUCCAUUCUCGCCAUCUGUCGUACAGCCAGUGAAUGUGUACAUUGGCGGUGUUGAGCAUGCCAUCCUUCACCUGCUGUACGCUCGCUUUAUCUAUAAGUUCCUGUCUCAAUCGGAAUUGUUCCCAGCUAGUGCGCAUGCCGAUAACUCUGGCGCACCACCAGAGCCUUUCAAGACCCUUCUUUCCCAGGGAAUGGUGCACGGCAAGACCUUCACGGAGCCAGACACUGGUCGAUUCUUGCUGCCAGCGGAAGUGGAUCUCACCAACCCCGAUAAACCGUUGAUAACUGGAACCCAAAUCACCCCCAACGUAUCAUAUGAGAAGAUGUCGAAGAGCAAGUACAACGGCGUGGAUCCAACCGAGUGCGCAACCAAAUACGGCGCUGAUGCCACUCGCGCGCACAUUCUAUUCUCUGCGCCAGUCAGCGAAGUGCUGGAGUGGGACGAGACCAAGAUUGUCGGAGUUGAGCGGUGGUUUGGACGACUGUGGAAGCUCGUCUUGGACGCUCAGCACCAACUGACUGGGUCCUCGUUGGCAAUCUCCGCGUCAGACUUGAACGCUGCAGGUCAUGCGGUAUCACUCCCUUCUUCCUUGCAAGAUUUAAGUGACUCCGACACAGACGCCGUCUUGGCCACUCACAAGACCAUCUCAUCUGUCACAACCUGCAUCGAAAGCAACCCCUACGGACUAAACACCGUCAUUUCGGACUUGACAAAACUGACCAAUACCCUUUCAUCCACUCCACCUUCCUCUCCUCUUGUUUACUACCUAUCCCUCUCCGCUCUCCUCCGCCUCCUCUCACCCAUUGCCCCCGCCCUGGCCUCCGAGUCCUGGGAACUGUUGCACCAGCCCUUAAUCAAGGACUCAACUUCCCUCCGCUCUAUUUUGUCUUCACCGUGGCCAACAAACCUUCUCACGGACGAACAAGCCGAGGUCCUCGCUGCCCGCGGCGGCCAAACAGUCGCCAUUCAAAUCAACGGAAAGCUGCGCUGCGCUGUUACCAUUCCCCGCAUGAUGUCUCCCAUCACCUCGUCCCAGGGCAAAGGCCCUUCCCAGGAGGAGCAAGACUGGAUCAUUAGCCGGAUCUUGGAGACUGCCGAGGGCAAGCUGUGGCUUCGGGAGAAGAAUGACUGGGAAAAGAGACGACGAGUUAUUGUUGUUAGGGGGUGUAAAUUAGUCAAUGUGGUGUUCUGA